GCGAACUACGUGGCCGACUUUUUUCAACCAUAACUAAUUUACCAUAGCGAUCAAAAUAAAAUUGCGUGAUUUAGUUCUCGAAUGUCUAAGAGAAUAGACAGAUAGGUGCAUUUGUUUAUUUUUAGCGAGUCAACGUUCUGUGUGUUUCCGAGAAUUAUCCAGCGCGCCUGAAAAUCUGGCAAAGUGUGACGUGGAGUGGGCAUGGUUCGCAUGUGGUAUUGUUCGAAAUUUGUGAAAUACUUCGUGGUUUGUGAGGUUCGAGUAAUUAACAGAAAUAUCUUAAGGUGCGACCCAAAUAAAUAUAUAAGGAAAUAUAAAGAAUUUACUAGUUAAAGAUUGAAACGAAUCAGAAUUUGGAAAAAUCCUUUUAAACAAUAGAAUCUAUAGGAUUUCCACUACAUGCAAGGUGCAGUAGAUCGUACCCGAACAGUUUAGAAAAUCCAUGGAUACAGUGUAUCCUGAACCAAUGUCAAGGCUUCACAGAAGGGUGGUGCCAAAGAAAAGAAGAGGAGGGUCUUCUAGGUACAGAACGCAACCAGUUACUUUCUCUGAGAUACAGGAAGUAGACGAAGAAAACGUGGUUGAAGAGGCGAUUCCAGAAUCAUCCACAUCAAAGUCCGAACUCAGUCUUCUAAAUAAAAAAUUCGAAGAAUUUAAAAGGACCAGAGACAUCGACGCUCUACUUAGUAAUAAACCUGAAGGAGAAAUAGUCGAUAUUAACAAAAAUGUACCUUUGACAACUUCUAGAUCAAUAGGCAGACUCCCAUCGCGGCCAUCCUUUUAACAGUUUUCUCACGACACGUUUAGACAGGAAGUUGAUUCCUCCAAGUAAUUCAUUGAUGUGUUAGUGAUGACAUCGACAUGCCUUAUGGACUUAGAAAAGUGUAAAGUAACAGGGAUUGCGGACAUAUGUACAAUGGUAGAUGUUUUGUAAAGAACGAGAAUGAUAUAUUUUUCUUUACGAAUGUUUUGAUAUUAGUGGACACCGAACGGUGUGUUAGUUUUAAAUAAUUUAUGCUCCGAUUCACUCUCGGAAUUAUUACAGUGGUACAGAAGUUGAAUUGCUGUUUUAUAGAACCUAAGCAAUACAAAUUUGUUAUGUAAAAUAUUUUUUCUUCUUCAGAGAGGGAAUUUGGAUAAUGUUUAGAUUAAUCUCGCUUGAGCAUUUUUUAUGAUAUAUGUAUGUGAUAUUUUUGCUGCUUUUUAAUCUCGGAAAGAAUUUUGGGAACUUUCGCAAAGUAGGCAUAUCAAUUUUAUAGUUUCAAUAAACCACUACAUGAAGGGAGAUUUAGUAUAAUUUUUUACAAUGUAGAAAUGCUUAUUGUCUCGUUUUUACUUACUACAUAAAUAACUAAAAAUUGUUUUAAAUAUUUUGUCAAGGUAUAAUUUACCAAUUUUUGUUAUACCUAAUAUAAGUAAUGAUUGUAUUUCAAUACUACUUUAUUAUCUGUAAACAUGUACAAAGAAUAAA